UUCUCUUUUGACGCUCAUUCUCUUUUUCUCUCUCUUCGCUUUUGGCAACAUGAUUUAAAUUCUAUUCUAGGGAUUGGGAUUUUUCAUUGAUUAAAAAGUAGCCCAUUGAUAUUCCAUUGAUUGGGGAGUAACCCAAACCUACACACAUCACAUUGACAUGGCUAAACUAAUCAUCAAACCCAAUCACAGCAAACAAUUCAAGAUCAUUCUCUUUGGCUGCUUCAUUUUCUGUUCUCUACUUCUCUACUCCCAGUCCUCAUCUUCAUCAGGUAACAAUGGUCUCUCCUUCUUUUCAAAUUUAUUCCUUCAACAAAAUUCAACUACAAAGCCUGUUUCCAAUUCAUCAUGUUCUGGUAAAUACAUCUAUGUUCAUGAUCUUCCUGGCAAAUUCAAUCAAGAAAUAAUCAAGAAUUGUUCUUUGCUAAUCAAGUGGCAUGAAUCUGAAAUGUGCCAGUCUUUAUCAAACAUGGGUCUUGGUCCUAAGGCAAUGAACUCUCAGGGGAUUCUCCAAAACAAGAGCUGGUUUGUCACAAAUCCAUACAUGUUGGAAGUCAUUUUUCACAAUAGAAUGAAAAAUUACAAGUGUUUGACUAACAAUUCAUCGAUUGCGUCUGCGGUGUACGUACCAUUCUAUCCAGGCCUUGAUUUGGGUAGAUUCCUCUGGGGUUUCAACGCGUCGAUGAGAGAUUCGACAUCCAUUGAUCUCUUCAAUUGGCUUUCCAAAACACCCCAAUGGGAAAAAAUGUUGGGUAAGGACCACUUUUUGGUGCUAGGGAGGACUACUUGGGAUUUUAGGAGACUAAUUGAUAAUGACACUGAAUGGGGCAACAAGCUCCUGUAUUUGCCUGAAACAAAUAACAUUACAGUUUUAGCAAUUGAGUCUAGUCCUUGGAUUUAUAAAGAUUUUGCAAUUCCAUACCCUACUUAUUUUCAUCCCUCGAGCGAUGAAGAAGUGUUUCAAUGGCAGGACAAGGUGAGAAGGCAAGAAAGGCCUUACUUGUUCUCAUUUGUUGGCGCUCCACGACCCACAAUUCAAGAUUCUCUCCGGGCUGAGAUCAUCAAUCAGUGUUUGAAUGCGAGUGAAAAAUGCAAAUGGGUAGAUUGUGGUUCCGGUGACAAGUGUAACGGUCCAAUUCACGUGAUGGAAGUGUUUCAAAUGUCAAAUUUCUGCUUACAGCCUCGCGGGGAUACAUAUACUAGGCGAUCAACUUUUGAUUCGAUCUUGGCCGGUUGCAUUCCUGUAUUUUUCGAUACAAGAACGGCUUACGAUCAAUAUAUUUGGCAUUUGCCUAAGAAUUAUUCAAAAUAUUCGGUUUUUAUACCCAAAAAUGCCAUUUUAAAUGGGACAGAAGAUCAGAUUGAGAAGAUAUUGAGUGGUAUAUCAAGAGAUCAAGUGUUAGCCAUGAGGGGAGAGGUUAUAAGUUUGAUUCCCAAAGUGAUAUAUGCAAAUCCAUCUUCUAGGUUGGAGACGCUUGAAGAUGCUUUUGAUUUUGCAAUUAAAGGUGUUCUUGAAAGAGUAGAGGCAAUCAGAAAGGAUAUAAAAGAGAACAAGAGUACUAUCUUUUGAUUUUGCAUAUAGAGAAUAUAGUUGAAAGAUUCUUGGGAAAUACUAUUUAUUUGGGUAUUGAGACAGUUAUAUUUACCAUUUUUUUUU